CAACUCAUUUUUAAAUACACACUGAAUUUUGAUCAGGUUGCAUCAAAUUUGUUAUUAAAUAAAGUAUAAUAUUUGAUUAAUAAUAUUAUGGCGUUUAAACAUAAGACAGCACUGACCGCGGUCAAAAUAGCAUUAGAAGUGUUAUAUAUCCUGGGAAUUAUUGGGUGUGUGUUUCUGAUAGUAAUCCUUGCGCUCGGAUUAGCACAAAAGGAUCCAGAUAUCAAUAAAGAUAUCAAUAAAAAUCAUGCAUUGGGAGGCGCCGUGAUUGCACUGUUAAUAACGGUCGUGGGUCUGGUGGGUAUCAUCAAAGAGAUCAAAUGGAUUGUAACAACUCUACUGGUGCUGCAAAUCAUAGGAAUUAUUCUGAACCUGACCACUGGUCAGGUGACCUCUGGCCUGUACGGUAUUCUUACCUCCAUACUGACCGGGGCAUUCCUAUACCUCAUCAAGGUGAGGGACUGGUAUCAUCAAAAUGAGGGACUGGAGGUCCCGAGGCCUAAUAAGGUGUAA